GAGAUUCCUUUGGAAACAAAACAAGCGACUCCUGUAGGGCGAGACUCGGGAACUGAUUUAGCCGGUCGGUCCGUGGAAGGAAGAGUAGCAUUGCAAGAGGAUUUGUGUUUUUGUGGAAAAGAGAAGUGUGUCCAUAAGGCUGCUCCAAUGACGGAGCUAUCUGCACCCUUACCCUACUUCCAGAAUGCACAGAUGACAGAAGACAGCCAUAUGAGCAAUACAGUACGUAGCCAGAAUGAUGGCAGGGAAAGACAGCGGCAUGAACAUAGUGAAAGGCGGCGGCAUGGUAACCCUGAGUCAGAGACCAAUGGACAACCCCAGGGUGGUACAAGGCAGGUGGUGGAACACGAUGAUGAAGAAGAUGAAGAGUUGACUUUAAAAUAUGGUGCCAAGCAUGUGAUUAUGCUAUUUGUACCAGUCACACUCUGCAUGGUUGUGGUUGUGGCUACCAUCAAAUCUGUCAGCUUUUAUACCCGGAAGGAUGGACAAUUGAUUUAUACUCCGUUCACUGAAGACACAGAAACUGUAGGGCAGAGAGCACUGCACUCCAUUCUGAAUGCUGCCAUCAUGAUCAGUGUUAUUGUGGUUAUGACCAUCCUAUUGGUAGUACUUUACAAAUACAGGUGCUAUAAGGUGAUCCAUGCCUGGCUUAUAAUCUCCUCUCUCUUGUUGUUGUUCUUUUUCUCAUUCAUUUAUUUGGGUGAAGUGUUUAAAACCUACAAUGUUGCCAUGGACUAUAUCACUCUGGCACUCGUGAUCUGGAAUUUUGGCGUGGUAGGAAUGAUUUGCAUCCACUGGAAAGGCCCCCUUCGGCUGCAGCAGGCUUAUCUCAUUAUGAUCAGUGCCCUCAUGGCUCUGGUAUUCAUAAAGUACCUUCCUGAAUGGACUGCAUGGCUCAUCUUGGCUGUGAUUUCAAUAUAUGAUUUGGUAGCAGUUUUAUGUCCAAAAGGACCACUACGUAUGCUCGUUGAAACAGCUCAGGAAAGAAAUGAAACUCUCUUCCCAGCUCUUAUUUAUUCCUCAACAAUGGUGUGGUUGGUGAACAUGGCAGAAGGAGACCCAGAAGCCCAAAGGAGAGUUUCCAAAAAUUCUAACUACAACGCACAAACCCCAGUAAACCAGAACUCCAGCAAUGUUACUGACAGUGAUGAUGGUGGUUUCAAUGAAGAGUGGGAAGCUCAAAGGGAUCGUAAUCUGGGGCACCACCAUUCCACGCCGGCAUCCAGAGCUGCUGUGCAGGAGCUUCCUGCAGGAGCUUCCCAUAUGCAUGAUGAUCCUGAGGAAAGGGGAGUAAAGCUUGGACUAGGGGAUUUCAUUUUCUACAGUGUUCUGGUUGGCAAAGCCUCAGCAACAGCUAGUGGAGACUGGAACACAACAAUAGCCUGUUUUGUAGCCAUAUUAAUUGGUUUGUGCCUUACCUUACUGCUUCUCGCCAUCUUCAAGAAAGCAUUACCAGCUCUUCCAAUCUCCAUCACCUUUGGGCUUGUUUUCUAUUUUGCCACAGAUUACCUUGUGCAGCCUUUUAUGGACCAGCUAGCAUUCCAUCAAUUUUAUAUCUAGCACAUUGAAAAUUGGAAUCCCAUGGAUUUUUCUCCUCGGACUGUAUGUAUCUGAAGAGGACAAAAAAAGUUUUCCUCUUCUUCAUGGAACAGUUUCAAGAUUCCCAGCUGGACUCAUUGCAACUUUCUCCCAGUUUUUUGUGAGAACUUGCCUCCCUGAACACUGAAAGUCAGUAAAUGGUUUUAAAUAUAUUGAUUUUUUUUUUUUUGCUCCAAGAAGCCACCUGGAUUUGUGGAAUAGAAAUAGGAGGAGGACAAUAAGCCAAAAAGUUGCUAGUGCUUCCACCAGCAAUUUAUCCCUUGGUCACAGGUAGAUAUUACCAACACUACAGACUCUCAGGACUGCUAUUGCCAAGAGGUUAAAUGAGGGAAGCUGUUAAACCAAACAGUAAUCUUUAUCUAAACCCAUGUGUUGAAAAUUCACCCCAAUAAAUCUGUAUUAGUUAAAUGUUGAACCAUUUGGGGGUCUCACCAGGUGGACAGACAUCUGCAGCAAAUGGAAUGGAAAAAGGGAGGCAGCUGCCACUUCCAGACUUUUAUGCUAGAAGUUCAAGCCAUUUUCAAGUAAGAGAAUCUCUUCCACCUUGCGUCAGGCCAGGUGCUUAGGCAGAUUUUAAUGGUUUAUGUUCUCGAGCACUGAAGUUUUAUUUUAUCACUUUUCACUUUUGCCAUUUCUUCUCAGCCUCAAUUUGAAGUAAUUUGGGCUAGUCCGUGUCAAAGGACUUUGGUUCAAGAUUCAGUAGAUAUUGGUGGUAAGGGGACUACUGUUCAAAGCUUGUUCCUCGCUGAUAUUCUCAGGAUGCUUCUGGAUAUCCAGCUAAAUUUCUGUCCUUUUCUUGCUGUGAUAGCACCAUGCAAUUAAUCUUUUUUUUCAAAAGGUACAGCAUUCCACGUUCACUUUUCCCGACAUAUCUUCCGUAUUUCCCCCCUUUGCCCCAAACUGCAUGUAAUUCUCCUACCCAAGUAAGAAGACAGAUAAGCCUGUCUCGGUAGUGGUUGGAUGACCCAGUUAUUUUAGGAUUUUAUCUCAAGCGUGCUUGUAAAUUGCUGCAGUUAGCCUUUGUGUUGUAAUUUCUUCACUAAUACACAGACUCCAUCAAAGGUUUGUGGCCAAAAGCUAGGGAAUUAAAACAAAAUAUAAUACCUUGUGAUAGCCUUCCUUUCCUGGUUUCUUUCUCUGAGUCUGACUCAGUGUUUCUGGCAGCUGUUGAGAAUUAUAAUAAACUGCUGAAGGCAAAUUAAUUUUUAGGUAGUUUAUGAAUCAGUUUUGUUUAGCAAGGUUAGAAACCAGUAUGUAGAAAGAGAGAGAAUUUUCAGUCUACAAACUUGGCCUAUGGAGGAGCAUGGGUUUAGGAGGAGUCACCGAUGGAGGGAAAAGAGGCCUCAAACAGUUAAUAGGGCAAAACAAACCACGUGCUAAAGAGCAGAUACCAAAUCAUUUAUCACUUACAAUUGGUUUUUUGUGGUUACACCUCUCCUAUUGCAGGUGGUUUCAAAGUAUCUUUGUUUGAAUUGAGGACAGUGAAGACACUACUCUAAGCAACAGUGAAAUUCAGGUUCUAUACAAGUAUGCCAAACAAAAAAAAAUCUGAUGACCCACCUUUUCUAGAGGUAAUAUCUCUAAAGAAAGUCUGUGUGUGUAGACAGGGCACAAACUCUGUUGGCCCUCUUUACCUUAGACAGCCCUCAGCUUUAGUGAUCAGACUGUGUGGCCCAGUGCUGUGGCUCAGGAAUGGCCAGUAUCAUCCCUACUGCCUAACAUGUCUCUAGCUGUAAUGUAUUUUCUAGAUUGGGGCGGUUGCCUUUGGGGCCUGUGGUGUGUGCGCUCUGCCAUUGGGUGGCUUCUCUGGUUUAUUAUGGUCAUAAGUAAGAUACGUGUGUUCAUGUGGUUUGGGAUUUUAUGUUCAGAUAACGCCUUUGUAUCUAAAUACUUGCUCAGAUGGUUUUGGGAACGUCAGUGGGAAUGGAGGAUACUAAAAAAAAAAGGAUGAGUUUCAGAAUGUUUGAUUGUUUUGCUUUUUAAAAAAUCUUAAUAUUUUCUUCACUUAAUACUUUCCUCCCAGGCUUCUCUCCACUCUUCUCUCCCACUUAAAUGCUUUGCAGCAGAAAUAUUAUCUCCUGGAGCUUUACCUGCGAUUCAGAAGCCACUUAGAUAUAUGUCAGUUCACAAUCUCAGGCUAAUGCCUGAGCGAAACGUAAAGUGGGUUCUUUUAAGCAAGGCUUCCAGGUACUCUGUGUAUUACAGAUUUUUACUGCAAACCAGGGUUCCCCGAAGAGAAAUUUGCUUAUGCCUGUGUUGGCCAUCCUGUGCUUUCUCUUUCCCCCUUGAAAGGAUUGUGAUGCUACAUGCAAAUCUGAGCCAUGUCUGCACCAAACUGCAUAACAACAAACAUAUCAUUAUAUGUUCUAUGAAGUACAACCAAGGCUAUCAACAGCAUGGACUUCUCCCCAGACACUCUUUAAGGACAAGUUUGGAGAUUCUGGAAUAUCAAUUAUUAGCCUUCCAUAAUGAAAAAUUAAUUAGGUCACAGUAUAGAAUAGAAGAAAUUCCAGUUACACACCUGAAAGUCAUUCAAGGAUGGGCAGCCCCAGUAUUCAUCCCUUAAGUGUGGAUCUGGGUAUAGCUAGCAGUGGGACUCUUCCACACUGGGAAUAGCACCACGCAUCAAACUAACCAACAGAUGCAACAAAUUCAGAAGUUAGAUGAAUUUCAAGUUUAUCUUUAAAUUAAAAUUCUCUUUAAAAGAAAGGAGUUAAGGUAAUAGGUGAGAAAAUGGUAGAUUUGUAUCACAUAUUUACAAAAUAAAAGAAUACAUUUAUGUAGAAAAUAGUUCAUAGGGUAUAUUUGGAAGGUUGAUGCUAGAUGUCCUGGACUAAAAGGCACAGUUCUUUUUUUUCUGGCCUAGUACAUUAUUGUAUUUCAAGGCUGUUUUUCUUUUUUUAUUUAUAUAUUUAAUUUUUACAACAUAUUUUUUUAAUAACAAACCACCCCCUGUCCUGUAGGACCUUCCUACUAAAAGUUAAGCAAAACCACCUAUCAGAACAAAUUGUAGGUACCACAGCUUCUUAUUGAUGGCAUUUUACAUUUAGAAAAGUGGAAAACAUGACCCUUGCAGAGCUUGGAAGAAAAGCAUGAAGAAAGUCAGAAAUGUAUUAUUAAUUAUCCUCCCAUAAAAUAUAAUUAUAUAAUAUUAUAUAAUGUUUAAGUUCUGAAUGUGGGAUCUUCUCUCUGAGAGACUAAUAGUCUCCUUAGGAGUCACCAGGGCUGCAAACAGUAUUGUAUUAUACUUUGCUUAUACUCUUAUCCUUUGAUGCUGCCCUAAGGAUCUCAAAGCACUUUUCACACUAACUGAUCUGUACGCCACUUGCAAAAGGGGAAAUAUAAAAAGUUAAGCAGUUGAGAGAAGUCAGAUGAUGUCAGAAGCAGAACUAGAGCCACAUUCUGUGAUUCUGGGGUACAAGUUCCUAAUUUUUUUCACCAGACUAUGCUCGAUCAGCGACAUUUUUUUUUCCUGGAAGGAGGAGGCUGCAUUACCUUGGACUUUUCUAAAUUUUUCAAGAGGUUCAUUUGAACUGUGUUAUUAAUUCCUGUUUUCUAACAUACGGAUAACUUUAAGGUCUUUAAAAUAUUGGAAACUUUAGGCAUAAUGACUGUAUACUGUAAUCCAUAACCACUUUUUCAUGGUUGUCCUUAAGGGCUCUUGCCACAUGAACACAAUUGACACUGAAAAUUGCAAUAAUGCUGUCAGAGCCUUAUGUAGCAUAUGCUGUCACAGCUUCUCUACCUGGACCAUCUCUGCAUGAGAAGCAGGCUCAUGAACUGGGUUGUGCUCAUUUCAGGAAUGAGUCUUUUAAGUGAACUAAGGCUUCUUUCCUUCUCUUCCUCUGAAUUUGCUCUUAUAGUAUGUUCUGGACAGUACCCCACUCUCCCAACCUCCCUCUUCCCCUACAGAUGUCCUAAACACUGUGUUGGAGAGGAACAUUCAAAACUGGACAGAUGAUCUCACUGAUCUUUUUCUCUUUCCCUCUGGAUCUCAUGGCAGAGACUUUUAUAUCUUCAAUUUGAGCAUAGAUCAUAACUUCAUAAUGUCUUUAAAAUCUGAGAAUAAAGGACUUUGAAAAACACUCAUUGACUUUCAACUCCUCACAGCCCUGUCAUAAAAGAAUGGUCUCUGAGCAACUUAUCUGGAUACCAUUUUCUGGUGGUUUUACCUGAUUAGAGGAAGCACCUGCCUAAGGAGAGGAUGCAGGUUAGGUAUUGCUUUGACCACCAGUAUAGUCCUGAUCAGAAACCUACCACUUUUAACCUGCUGUACUUGAAAGCUGCCUCCUGCUGAAAUGACUCAGUGUCUCUGUCUACAAAGCAGUUUCAGAAUAUCUCAGAAAGAGGUACCACUUCCUGGAUGCUUGCUCUGUCAUUAAUAUGAGGAGAUGGUCGGAUCCCUCCUCAAAUGUGCCUGACUAGAACUUCAGGUUGGACUAUGCAGUGUGAAAAAUUUCCUUCUUGGGACAUUUUCAUUUUUAAAAGAACAAAUAUUUACUGGAACCGUUGUCAGCAGCUUCAAAACUCUGAAAUCAUGCAGUGGUGUCUACAGGGUUGUUCACACUGCAGUAGUGGCUUGGUUUACAAUGCAGUUGGACAUGCUGGAAUAUGGACUUCAUUGGGAUUCCUUUACUCUCAAGUGUUUGCUGUUUUGUUUUUGUUUCUACAGACACUGAUUUGUACAUAAUCCAGAAAGAAUGUGAAAACAUCUUUUUAUAACACCUUUUGAAUUCUUGAUAAGAUACAAUUUUGAUAGAUUGCAAAAUUUUCCUGUAUUUGUCAGAUUAAUAAACUAAAGAUCGCAUGAAUCCUAAC